CAAAAAACUGUGACAAGUGAAGUGCAAAGACAACACAAACUGUAGAGUAGAGUUGCACGUGCAAAUACAAAAUAAUAAAAACUUGAAUAUAAAUGAAAAAAUAAGUUUAUAAUAAUUCUAGUAAAAUGCAUUCUCCAUCUAUUGCAAAUCCAAAAGAAAUCAAACAUACAUUUCUCAAAAAUAAUCCCAAAUACAAAGAAAUCGAUGAAGAAAAACCAGCUCUAGGUGAUUUCUUUUCAAUUGACGAAGACGAAGAUGAAAUUUGGGUAAUGCAAUGUCCUAAAGGAGAAUCAAUUUCCUUCCUUAAAGACCAACAAAUCAAGUUACCCGGACGCAGUAAUCAUAACAACUUUGAAACUGUUGCCACUGAAUAUUCUGAACCUAUUCUUCAUGCAUUCGGACAUAAAAGUAAAAAAGGUCACAACGCGGUUAAAAUUCUGCCUGUGAAAGGAAGCAUAAUAAUGCGAAGUCGUCUCAAAGCUAUGCCACCACCAGAAUCAUCUCCACCAGAAGCUUCGCCAGUUAAAGUACCAAUGCCAAAAGGUAUUAAGGAACGUCAUCCAUUGCAUGGAGUUGAUUUCGAUAAGAAACUUAAGAUUCCUUCUCAAAUAGCAAAGAGAUUAAAGGAAUUUUAUGAUUUACCUACAGAAACGUUGAAGGCGAAGAAGAAUAAGUCUAAAAAUAAAGAAGGUUUUACCACAAUUGCAAUGGAUAGCGAUGGUGAAGUUGAGUUGGUUUUACAGAAAAAACAAAAGAAGAAAAAGCGAAAGCAUUCGCGGGGAGAUGAAGAUAAUGAGGUUUCAUUAAAAAAGAAAUCAAAAAAACAUAGUGAGAUUGAGAAUGUUGCAGAAGAUCUGCAAUGGAUUCAGACGUUAUAAGAGAUGUAAAUAAAUUUUAUUUUUAUUUUAAGAAAA